CCUCUCUCUCUCUCUCUCUCUCUCUCUCUCUCUCUCUUGCUUUCCCUCUCUCUUUCGUUCGUAUGUAUAUUUCCAUUGAAUACGAUCCUCGACGAUGAGCAACGGUCACUCAUCUUUUUCCAGUUCCUCUCUUACCCUUUUCCGCCUCGUAAUUUUCGGUCCUGACCCUUGGUCAUAUUCGCUCUUCUUCUCGUAGAGAAAUCCAGAGCCAGGGUUACUUUCGUCUUUUUCUCUCUCCAAUAUCAAGAUGGGGAACGGCGAGAAGCACGUGCGGAAUUUCCCCCUGCAUUUACCACACCUCCACCACAGCAAGAAGGAAGUGCGGAACAUCCCGAAAGGAUGUCUCGCGGUCUUGGUAGGGCUAGGCGAGGAGCAGGAGAGGGUUAUAGUGCCGGUGAUGUAUUUCAAUCACCCGCUCUUCAUGCAGCUCCUGAAGGAGGCCGAGGACGAGUACGGAUUCGACCAGAAAGGCACCAUCACUAUCCCCUGCCACGUGGCUCAGUUCCGGUACGUGCAGGGAAUCAUCGAUCAGGAGAAUUCCUACCACCACCACCACGUCAGCUGUUUUAGGGCUUAGAUGUUCUAAAGCAAAAGGAGAAAAAGAAAAGAAAGUGUUUUUUUUCUUUAUUUUUGUUAUUAUAAAUUUUUGGAGGUUCUCUCGUUUUUUCUUUUUCGUUUCUUGAAGAUUUGGGAAUAGUAUUCGUUGUAGUUUCUUUUUCUUUUUUCUUUUUUUCCUUUUUUCUUUUUUUUUCCCUUUUUCUUCUCUCCUUUUUCUUGUUCUCUAUUUUGCUUAUGUCAAUGUGAACACAUGAAAGCAGUCUAAAAUAGGAUUAAUCACGUUGUAUAUGUGAAAUCCAUCCGUCGAUCAGAUUCUAUCCUCGUUACUAAGCGCUGCAUCCAAAAUUCAGGUAGAUCUGCAAGUCAUAUGAACCACAAUACAUGGACUAGUGGGGAUGGAAUACCAACCUAGGCUUGUGUGGGGCCCAUGGUAUGUAUUUUUCAUCAAAGCUGUUAGUUAGGUGUAACUGACCAGGUUGAAGAGGAACGACAAAAGUUAGCCUGAUACAAAGCUCGGUCAAGCCACACUAUCUGAAGUUUGGGUUUUGGAAGUAAAAUCUUUUACAUUGUUUCAAGAUU